AUGGUGGCUCUCUCUGCCCGAGCAUCUGACACUGUGCAGGUAUAUGAGCCAGUUACUGAGCCCAAAAAGGCUAAGUCUGAGAAGAUGUCCAUAGUGGCUGGUGCAGCUGGUGCAGGUGCAGUCAGUCCGAAUGCGGCUCCUGCAGCUGAGAAGUCAAGUACUGAGCCUGGUAUGGAUGAGUCGGCACUAGAUCGCCUCAUAGAUACCCUCGGUGGACUUGAAGAUGAUGUGCCUGCUAGUCCUGUUUACACUGGUCCAGAAGUUACGGAAGAUAUAUCUUCAAGAUACUUGGAAGAAAUGGGUAAACGUGAAGGUAGUCUCCCUCCAGAGUAUGUGAAAUUGUUGAAGAGCAAAGGGGAUGGCAAAGAUGGAGUCCCACCAAAAGCAGAUGAACGAGAUGAAAAACCCAUGACAGAUGAUGAGCUCGCAGCGGCCCUGUCAUCUGGCUUUACCUGUGGUACUGCUUCUCCUGAAGAAAAGAAGAGUCUGACAAAGGAAAUGAAAGAUGAUGCAGUGGAAGCUCUUCUUGAUACUCUUGGUGGACCUGAGCCUGAACCUGAAGAAGAUCCUAGUCCUGUUGUAGAGGUGUCAGAG